AAAGACACAACUUUUUUACUGAAGCUUUUUCUUACACGAUUUAAAUUUCCUCGUAUUUUCACGCUCCGCGGGUGACAAUUGCGAGGUCCGAUGUGGAUGUAUUAUGAUAUCGGAGAAUGUUUAAGGUAUUCCGCCAAUAGGAGACCGUCCUCACUGACGGUUCAUUUCCCUUCGAUGCAAAUUUUGGUUCGUAUGAAUUUUAUACCCAGCUGUUCCUUGUCCUUCGUUAAUAUCUCCAGUUGCCCUGUUCAUGUUUGGUUUUGUGAAGGAAAAACGCUCACCUAAGAAGGGGAAUUCCUGAGCAAGAUGUCUCUAAAGUAAUCAGCGUAAGGUGAAAGAUUACGGGCUCAAAAUAGAUGUGGUCAAAAGGAUUUAAGCGCCAAUAGUAACGAAGUGCCGAAGGUAUGUCAGAAAAGGAAUCUCUACCGCUCAAGCAAGCGAAAAAUGACGAUUUCGGGGAUCUGUUUAACCCCGAGGAAGACACCAGAGAUACGGGGAAAACAACGAAGGAAGAUAGCAAGAAACUGUGGUUGAGCCGUCUACGACCAGGUCUUGAUGGUGAUAGAGCUCUGUUGAUCUACAAAGUGUUCUAUUUUUUCUACUUCGCCGCCAUAGGAUCACUACAGCCAUAUUUCGGCUUGUACCUAAAGCACUCUGUUCAACUUCCCGCUUAUUUGGUAGGCAUAAUUCUCGGCGUCCGUCCGUUUUGCUUGUUCAUAAGUGCGCCAAUCCUUGGUACACUAGCGGACAAAUACCGUAAAGUGAAGGCUGUUUUGAUUCUGGCUGUUUUUUCGUUGACUGUGUCAAGUUUAAUAGUAACGGUUGUGCCUCCCGUGUCUUUGGACUGUCUCAGCGAAGUGCAUGCCAAGCUCAACAUUUCAUCUAAUCACACUCUUCCCCACAUCACUGGCAACAACUCUCUCCUGAAACACGAAAUUCAAAAACAUAAGCAACAAGAAGAAAAAGACAAGCUUAAAAUCAAGGGAUAUGGCAACAUGGAUAUUUGGGGGCAGAGCUGGAUGUUUGAUCUGUACCAGAAAGUGGACCGAAAAACAUUUGAGAAAUCACGCGUUAUAUUUGCAGUAGUGCUGAGCAUUGUGGUUAUUGGCGAGCUGUUAGGUGCUACCUCCAACACCCUUGCCGAUGUAGCCGUACUUCAAAACCUCGGGAAUCGACCGACCGACUAUGGUGAACUCAGGCUAUGGGGUGCUGUAGGCUGGGGUGUCACUGCUUUUAUAACUGGCAAUAUCGUCACACACCGCUACAGUACACAAACCGACAUCUGCCCCAACCAAGUCUAUGACAUCUACCGACCAUUCUUCUACGUCUACGCCAGUCUGAUGACAAUAGCACUCUUCCUUUCGUCCAAGUUCGAGUUUGAUGAGGCCGAGAAGCAUAUCGGCGAGCGUUGCUCACUGGUAAAGGGGCUAGAGGUAUUUAUGCACAUCGAGUACAUAAUCUUCGCCGCCGUCGCCUUGUUCCUGGGGAUUGCGUUCGGAGCGGCGGAGGCGUUCCUUGGCAUGCACCUACUUAACCUCGGUGCGACCCCCUCCCUUCUGAGCGCCUUGGUGGGAAUCCAGUGCCUGUCCAGUAUGACCUUAUACUACCUGUCUGUCUUUCUCCUUCGCAAGCUGGGACAUAUCAGAGUCUUGUGCGUUGGGUUGCUGGUGUAUAUUGUGAGGUUCUUCUAUUACUCCGCCAUUUCCAAUGCCUGGUUGGUCCUGCCUAUGGAAUUCCUGUCUGGUAUUUGCACGGCCUUGGUGUGGAGUUCCCUUGUCUCGUAUGUCGCCACCCCUCCGCGAAUAGGCGCGACCCUCCAGGGUAUACUCCAUGGUCUGUAUUACGGCCUAGGGAGGGGGCUCGGACAGAUCGCAGGUGGGAUGCUUAUUCAAGACUACGGGAGCUCCAAGUUCUUUAGCCGUUUCGCGUUGAUUGUUAUGGCCAUCACGGUCAUAUUCCUGUUCAUCGCUCCUAUUAUUUACAGGAAGAAGACCAUUUGGAUGAGUUUGUCUGGCUACUCACAGCUCAACGAGGAUGACGACGAGGAGAAGACCUACAGACAGCAGACCGCUGAAUUCUGGCGAGGGAAGAAAGACUGAGCAAAAGCACACGACCCUACUAACCAAUAAUCCACAAAGCAAUGUUCAAAAUUAUUUUAAUUAAUAACUGGAUUUAAAACUUGAGUUGAAAUAGAGGCGUUAUUCAUAAUAUGAUAUUUCAAAUUCUAAGCGUUCAAGAAGAAAUGCGUUAGUUAUAGUCUUAAUAUAUUUUUGGUUUAAUUAACAGCAUUAUAAAUGCUCGUACUUAAAAAGCAAAAACGAAACCAUCUAUCUAGAAUCUGACAGGUUUAUCAGAAAUUCGCUGCUGGCUUCUGAUAACAAAACUGUUCAUUAAAUGAGAGGAUUUUUAGCGGCAAUUUUCAGAGUGAAAUGUCAGGAAAACCAGGUAAACUCGUUUUACCAGCUGGGGUCUAAAUGAUGCUAGAAGGCGCAAACAUGUACAUGUGAAUAUAACCAAAUACGCCUAUCUUUUAAAUAUCCUUGAAAAAUAUCUUUGAAAUAUUGUAUAGAUCUUUGAUAGUAAGUUAAACUGAACGGAAAACACGAGAAGUUUUGUUGCUUGGCAAGCUGAACGAGUGUUUCCUCAACGGUUGCCAGGCUAAUUUCAAGGCGGCCUCUUUACUAGCUACAAAAUAAGAUAUAUCUUAUAAUAUUUAACAAAGCAAAGCGCAUCAUUCAUAUAAUACGGACGGAUUUUAAAAGUUCAAAACAUUGAUUCACAAAUAUUCUUAAUUAUAAUUAUUUUGUUAGCUAAGUGCAAAUGAUAUAUUGUAAAGAUUCUAUAUUCAUAUGGGGAAAAUAAACAAAACUUAAAUUUCUUAGGGAACGGUUUGAUUCCCUGGAGUGCGCAUAUUUCAAUCGUGAAUCCAUUCCUUAGACAAUAAAAACCAAUUAAAAAUAAAAAUAAUUCAAAACGUC